AGCCAGUCCAUAGCAAUACUGCCCUACUCCUGCUUGUUGUCAAAAGCCGGUUAUUGCCUUGUAUCGAAUAUGUGGUAGCACAUUCUCGUGUGCUAUUACACUAAAAUUAAAGUGCAUUAUAGUCCGUCGUAUAGCCAUAUUUAGACUGGAAUCGCCAGUGUUGAUUAUUGGCUAGUUAUUGAUCAAGCCCUACACAACCUCUCACUGAAAGGACACCGAUCUGGAUUAUUUGUAUCUACAGAUGUUUCGUCUACUAUAAUGCAAGAUGCAUGCUGGUGCUCGGAAAAGGUUGCUCGACUGCUCAAUACGUGUCAUUUUAACCGCUUCCACCUACUGAAAAUAACCUUAAACAGCUGAAAAUCUUUGAUAUUUUGGGGUGAAGAAUGACAGAAUAUAAGCUUGUGGUGGUGGGUGCUGGAGGCGUGGGCAAGAGCGCUCUCACCAUCCAACUCAUCCAGAACCACUUCGUGGAUGAAUACGACCCAACCAUAGAGGACUCCUACAGGAAGCAGGUGGUGAUUGACGGGGAGACGUGUCUUCUGGACAUCUUGGACACUGCAGGUCAGGAGGAGUACAGUGCCAUGAGGGACCAGUACAUGAGGACAGGGGAGGGAUUUCUUUGUGUCUUUGCCAUCAAUAACACCAAGUCCUUCGAGGACAUUCACCACUACAGAGAGCAGAUAAAGCGAGUAAAGGACUCGGAGGACGUCCCGAUGGUCCUGGUGGGGAAUAAGUGUGAUCUUCCUUCCCGCAGUGUGGACACCAAGCAGGCUCAGGAUUUAGCACGGAGCUACGGCAUUCCAUUCAUAGAGACCUCAGCAAAAACAAGACAGGGCGUGGACGACGCGUUUUAUACUUUAGUCCGAGAAAUCCGGAAGCACAAGGAGAAGAUGAGCAAAGAGGGCAAGAAGAAAAAGAAGAAAUCCAAAACAAAAUGUGUAUUAAUGUGAAACAAGCCUUUCCUGUCAUUAUAGACUCAAAAAGAAAGAAAAACAAGUUCCACAACUGCAUUUUGUACAUUACACUAAAUUAUUAGCCUCUUCAGAAUACAGAAUGGAUCCAUAUUCUACUUGCUUUCUUAAAUGAAAUAAGCUUUACUUCUCGUUCGGUGCCAGUUGCCCCUAAGUGUUGGUCCCUAGACACCUUGAAUGACUUAUUUUAAUCGGAUGGGCUGUCGGAACUGGUUUUUAUUUUGCAGUUGGUUUUUCUAGAGUAGUUUUUUAAAGGUGUGGAUUUGAAAGCACUCUUUUUUUUGGUGUGCUAUACGAGAACUAGCCGUGUAGAGGUUUAGACGGGAACUUUGCAUGUGAUUCGCUUGAUUUUACAAGGAACUGAAACCUUGAGGAAUUAUUUUUGAGGACCAACACUUCCUGGGCGGUGUUUUGAUACAUUAUCACUGUGUAUGACCCUGCCUUUGGAUGUCCCAGACUUCCAAAAAAAAAAAAAAAAAAACACCCACCUGCAUGUGAACCUCCA